GCGAAAACGCCAAAAACACCGAAAACUUUGCUUAAUGUUAAUUGUCCAAUUGACCAUGCCAGAUGUUUAUUACAACAUUUACAAUUAAGUAGUAUUAGUUGUUCCUAAUUAGAGUAUAAUUAUAUGAUAGUUUCAACAACUACUGUUUCAGAAUUUGAUACUAGUGAAUGUUUAAUAAUAUUACUACCAUAAUAUCGAAUAAUCGUAUUUCAUGUUGUUCGGGUUUAUCUUAUUUUAAUUAAUCUAAGAUUCAUUCGCGGAAUUAUGGAUACGAUUAAUAUACUAAAUUAUUUAGAAAAAAGACAACUUGGCUAUGCCGGAUUUAAAAGUAAAUUGAGUUACAUGUUUAUUGAUAAGAUUGGUUAUAUAUCUCAAUCAAAUGAUACGGACAACUCAAAUAUCGGGAAUACUUUUGCUUGCAAGUUCAGUAGGAAUAAAAACAAUUUACAUAUAGUUGGUUGUUCAACUGAACACGGAGAAAUAAUUGUUCUAAAUACUGUUGGUCAUUUCAAUGACCAAGAAAAACAGUAUAGAAGAAAUCAUGUACAUGACAAUGCUAUUUUUAACUUCGCAUGGGCUGAGCCACAAAUGAAAUUAAUAACGGCUUGUGGAGACCAAUCAACUAAAUUAUGUAAUUUAAACCCAUCAGGGAGGCUAGAUGAAGAAAGAGAAUUUAUGUACAGUUCAUCUGUUAAAUGUGUAAUGUUUUGUCCUGGAUCUUCAGAUGUAUUUUGUGGUGGAAGCCAAGAUGGUUCAAUAAAAAUCUGGGAUGCGCGUGUAAAUAAUGGUCAUAGAGUUUUGGAAUUUGAACAUAAUAUACCUAAUACACACGGUAUUUAUGAACCAAUGUCAAAAAAAAAAAAAUCAAGAAAAAUAUUUGGAGUAUCUUCUGUGAUAUUUAAAACUGAUCAAACUGUUAUAUCUUGUUCUUCUAUGGAUUAUGCUAUAAAAUUAUGGGACUUACGUAAAAGUUACCGCCAAGUCAAUGGUAAUAUAGAACCAUUACCACUUACAAAAUAUUUUAAUGGAAAUAAAACUUCUCCGCGAUUUAAUGCUUAUACAGAUAUAAUAAUAAAUCCCCAAUCUACUUUGAUGUAUGCUAGUUGUAUAGACAAUCGUAUUUAUUGUUAUUCAUUGGAGUCUACAGAAACAAAGCCAAUAUGCAUAUAUAGUGGUCAUUUACAUGAAACUACAUACUCUAAAAUUAGUAUUAGUCAUGAUGGUCGUUAUCUGUUUAGUGGUUGUAUGAACAAUAUGGGUCUUAUAUGGUCGACAGAUUUUCCGUAUAAAGAAAAACCAAUGUUUGAAAUAAAAAGUAGUUGUUCCUUUUCUAAAAAAGAAUUGAGUGCUUCAGAUUGGUGUGCAGAUCCAGCAAGUACUAAACUUGUUACAAGUAGUGACUCAAUGCCUGAAAUGUGGUCAAUACUUACGCUUGAACAAAGAAAAUCUGAACAAUCUUCAUUUCAUCGAACUUCAUCUUAUACACCAAAAUCUUUUUCAACGAAAAUUUCUACUGUUCCGAUCAAAUUCGAAACUGAACUCGGAGAAAAAUUUAAAAAAGAAACUGAAGAAACAAUGAGCAAUUGGGAUAUUCAAAAUCAAAACAUAGUUCCAAUGGCAGAAGAUUUAAAUGUCACUCCUAAAAAACCAUGGAAUGUAUUAUUUAAUACAAAGACAACAUUUCCAUCAUCCAUAUCAUCUCAGAAUGAAAUAACAUCCACACAUUCUGCGCUUGAAGAUUCUAAUAUGAUUCCUGAAGCGGUUACACCAACUUCAAGUAAAAAACGAAAAAAAAGUGUUGUAUCCCCAAGAAGCUUAAUUGACCAAUACUUGGUCCCAAAUAGCAAACGUGAAAAAUUGGAUACUGUUAAUGAAAUAUAGUUGUUAAUUUAAAUUAUAAAAUAAAUCCAAUGAUUAUAUUAUAUGGACUGACUAUUUUUAUGAACGUUGGAAAUUUGUGUUACUUUUAAAAAUAAUAUAUUUUUUUAUGGCAUUAAUUUUUGAUUAUCUUGUAUAUGUAUAUUUUUUUAUAAA